CAUGGAGGCGCUGUGGGUGCUGCUGGACGAGGUGGCCCUGGAGGGCCUCGACGGCGUCACGCUGAGCGCGCUGUGGCACCGCCUGGGGACCCGCUCGCCCCCCUUCCCGCUGCCGCUGGAGCCCGCCACGCAGCAGCUCCUGUGGGCCGCGCUCAGCGCCCAGCCCGCCGUCAGUUUCUACCUCCUGCCGCGGGCGCGGCCGCCGCUCCGCCUGCACGACCGGUAUGAAGAAAUAGACCUGGAGACGGGAAUACUCGAAACCAAAAGGGAUCCGGUGCCGCUGGAUGACAUUUACCCUGUCCACAUGGUUUUGGAUAAUAAAGAUGGCAUACAGGGUUCCUGCCGGUAUUUUAAGGAGAGAGUGGAUAUCACCGAUCAAGUGAGGAGGAAGGAUCUGCAGCCUUGUUAUACUUACACAGAAGCUGUUGAAAAAUGGGGAGAGAAACUGGUCAUUGUUGCCUCCCAAGACCAGCGUUACAGAGCUUUGAUAGGCUGGGAGGGGGAUCCUGACUUAAAACUGCCUGACUUCUCCUACUGCAUUUUGGAGCGUUUAGGUCGUGCUAGGUGGCAAGGAGAGCUUCAGAGGGAUCUGCACAGUGGAGUUUUUAAAGUGGAUGCUGGAAAAAUUCAUUAUCACCGAAGAGUAUUGGACAGAAAUGGUCUCAUAACAAUGCAGUCUCAUGUGAUAAGACUACCAAGUGGAGCACAGCAACACUCCAUUCUUCUACUUCUGACUCGCUUUCAUGUUGAUAGGAGGAGUAAAUAUGAUAUCCUGAUGGAGAAGCUCUCGAGCAUGCUAAGUGCUCGUUCAAACCAUAUGGAAACAUUAGGAAACUUGAGGGAAGAAUUGGGUCUUUGUGAGAGAACUUUCAAACGUCUUUAUCAAUAUAUGAUGAAUGCUGGCCUAGCCAAGGUAAUAUCCAUCCCGUUACAAGAGAUACACCCCAAUGGAGGGCCCUACAAGACAAAGAAAGGUACUGAUGUCAUGGUCCGUUGCCUUAAAUUACUAAAAGAAUUUCGGAAGAAAAUGGAAGAUUAUCAUGAUGAUGAUGAAGAAGAGAUCAUCACAAAAGUUGUCCAGCCUGUGGAUAUUGUUUGUGAAAGGGAUAUGCUCACUCAGGCUUAUGAGAUAAUUGAAAGUAGAGGAACAAAAGGUAUUUCUCAGGCCGAAAUUCGGAUGGCUAUGAAUGUGGGGAAGCUAGAAGCAAGGAUGCUCUGUCGUCUCCUGGAAAGGUACAAAGUUGUCAAGGGUUUUAUGGAGGAUGAAGGACGGCAAAGGACAACAAAGUAUGUUUCAUACAGUUUUGCAGAUGAGAGUGAUUUAAACCGUCAGUUUGAGAGAGAGAAGGCUAGGAGUGAGCAGUUAGCUACAGUUACUUUGUCUCUAGUGCCAGAAGAUUCUCCCCCUGUAGAAGAUGCGUUUCCUGGAGAUGACACUUUGGUCUCAGAGUCUGACAAUGAAGAAGAAGUGAAAUACGGCAAGAAGAGAGGAAAAGGUCAGAAGGCCACUUCAGGUUCUCUGCUGAAAUCAAAUCUCCAAGAUGGUACCCAGCAGUCAACACCAGUUAAAGGCUUAAAGCCAACAGCUGUGAAGUCUGUGGGGAAGAAGCUGCCUUCCCCUCAAAUUGUUGAAGAAUCUGAUGAACAACCAGACAACUUUUUGGGGGAGAGUUCUACUUUGGAAACUCUAAAGCAGGAGUCCAGUCUUUCUACCUGUGCUCAUUCCAUUGAUGAAGAUGGAGAUGUGGCUGUGGUUGAGGAGGUCAGACUUGAAGACCCUAAGCAAAUAUGUGACCAAAAGAAGGAAAAGCGUUCCAAAGCUACAGCAGUGGAGCGAUCUCAUGAAACUUACAGACUGCUAAAGCGCCGAAAUCUUAUCGUGGAAGCUGUCCGAAACCUCCGGCUAAUUGAAAGCUUGUUCACGCUUCAGAAAAUGGUCAUGGAUCAAGAGAAGCAAGAAGGUGUCUCCACUAAAUGUUGCAAAAAGUCUAUCAUCCGAUUGGUCCAGAAGCUUUCACGAGAAGGACUCCUCAGACUCUAUCGUACUACGGUCAUCCAAGACGGCAUUAGUAAAAAGGUAGAGUUUGUUGUUCAUCCUUCCGUGAGUCCUAAUGAUCCACUUGUAAAAAGUGCCAUCGAGCAGGUGCGUUUCCGAAUCUCCAAUUCAAGCACAGCAAGCAGGGUUAAAAUUCCACAGACACCAACAUCCCAGGACCAUGCUGAAGAGGAAAACCUGGGGCAAGAUGCAGUUUCUGAGUCAGGAGAAACACAAGAAAGUUCAUGUAAAGGUGAAAAUAAUAGUCGGACAGGAAAAAAUGAUGAAAAAAUGGGCAUAACAGAGCUAAAAAACUAUCACCCUGUUACAGUUCCAGGACUUGGGCGUUCUCUUGGCUUUCUUCCCAAAAUGCCCCGUUUAAGAAUGGUCCACAUGUUCCUUUGGUAUUUAAUUUAUGGACACCCUUUAAAUGGAGCAGACCGAAAAGGAGGUAGUGAUGGUGAGAAAAAAGGCAGCAAGCAAGGGCCAAAUGUGAACACUGCUAUCCUCGAAGCCCAGACAGACGGGAGCGUACACAUCAUUGAAGCUGUGACAAAUCCUGAAAUCUCUGCACGCGACACUGAAGUGGAGUUGUCUAAUCAAACAGUGUAUGUGGAUGAUACGUCAUGGAUGCGCUAUGUCCCUCCUCUGCCAGUUCACAGAGAGUUUGGAUUUGGAUGGGCUCUUGUUAGUGACAUUCUUCUCUGUUUGCCUCUCUCACUCUUUGUUCAAAUAGUGCAAGUGAGCUACAAGGUGGAUGGUCUGGAAGAUUUUUUAAAUGAUCCACUACAAAAGCACACACUGAUCAGAUUUCUUCCAAGGUCAGUCCGACAGCAGCUUCUCUACAAAAGGAGGUACAUCUUUUCAGUGGUAGAAAACCUUCAAAGAUUGUGUUAUAUGGGACUGAUACAAUUUGGUCCAACAGAGAAAUUUCAAGACAAAGACCAGGUGUUUGUGUAUAUGAAGAGAAAUGCUGUGAUUGUAGAUACCACUAUCUGUGACCCCCACUAUAACUUGGCACAAAGUAGCCGCCCAUUUGAGAGGCGCUUAUAUGUUCUGAAUACCAUGCAGGAUGUGGAAAACUUCUGGUUUGAUUUGCAGUGUGUCUGCCUUAAUACACCAUUGGGAGUUGUCCGCUAUCCUCGUUCAAAGAGAAGUAAUCUUCAAGGGGAGGAGACUGCACUAGAUGUAGAAAUGGAACAAGAAUCAGCAGUGGAUAAACACAAUCUGGAACGAAAGUGUGCAAUGUUGGAAUAUACCACAGGCAGCCGAGAAGUGGUUGACAAUGGAACGAUCCCUGGGGAUGGGUUAGGUGCUGCAGGUCUGGAUUCCAGCUUUUAUGGGCAUUUAAAGCGCAAUUGGAUCUGGACAAGCUACAUCAUCAAUAAGACUAGCAAGGAAAAUACAGUUUCUGAAAACGGACUGACAAUGAGACUCCAAACCUUCUUAACAAAACACCCUCUUCCACUUAGUACUGGAGGUAACAAAAUUAAUAUUUUGGGAGAGGCAAAGGCAGGAUCUAAGUCUCUUGUCCAAAAGGAGGAAUGUAUUGAAAUAAGUAAAGAAGCAACCGAGGAUCGAACCAAACGAGUGAGAGGUGGAAAAAGCCAAAAGAGGAAGAGGCUUAAGAAGGAUACUGGGAAGGCAAUAAAGAAGAAAAAGAAAGAAGAAACUUCUGUAGAGAAAAGCAAAAGGCUCCGCUACCAUGACGAAGCUGACCAGAGUGCCCUGCAGAGAAUGACACGUCUGCGUGUCACCUGGACAGUGCAAGAAGACAGCUUGCUCAUGCUGUGCCGAAUUGCUAGUCAUGUGCUAAAUGCAAAGGUAAAAGGACCCUUUGUUCCAUGGCAAGUAGUUCGGGAUAUCAUGCAUGCCAGUUUUGAGGAGUCCCUUGAUAAAACUUCUCAUUCUGUUGGACGAAGAGCUCGUUACAUUGUCAGAAAUCCCCAGACCUACCUUAAUUACAAAGUUUGCCUUGCUGAGGUUUACCAAGAUAAAGCCCUCAUUGAUGAUUUCAUGAAUAGAGAAAAUAACUAUGAAGAUCCACAGGUUUGUGCAACAGAGUUUAAGCAGUUUGUGGAAAGACUGAAAGUGAAAUUCAGUUCAACACUGGGGAAUCCCAACCUUGAGAUUCCUGAUACUUUGCAGGAACUCUUUUCCAGAUUUCGAGUUUUGGCAAUUGGAGAAGAUACAAACCAAAACACAAAAGAGGAUAGUCUCAGUAGUGUCUACGAUAUUCAUUUUUUAGUGCUACAGAAUCUUAUUCAGAGCACUUUGGCACUCUCAGAUAACCAGAUGAAAUCUUGCCAGUCAUUCCAGACGUUUCGUUUGUACCGGGAGUACCGGGAUGACAUUCUUGUGAAGGCUUUCCUAGAGUGUCAGAAGAGAAGCUUGGUCAAUCGCCGUCGAGUAAACCAUACACUGGGUCCAAAGAAAAGCCGGGCUUUGCCUUUUGUACCCAUGUCAUAUCAGCUCUCUCAGAGUUAUUACAGAGUUUUUACAUGGCGGUUUCCUAGUACAAUCUGUACAGAGUCCUUUCAGUUCUUCGAGAAGCUCAAGGACACAGAAAAAUCAGACCAGCCAGAUAACUUCUCGUUUAAAGAUCAAGAAAGCAAAGUAUCAGAAGGCAUGAUUACAUUUCCUAUGGAUGGACCAGGUGGUCACUGUGUGACAAUGCUUUCCCUAUUCUCCCUGGGACUUGUAUCUGUGAAUGUGAGAAUCCCAGAGCAGAUAGUUGUGGUGGACAGCACUAUGGUAGAAAAUGAAGUGAUAAAAAGCUUGGGAAAAGAAGGACUUGAGGAGGAGGAAGAGGAGGAUGACGACUUAGACGACAGCUCUGGAGGCAAACGGAGAAUAGAAGUAAAAGCUCGUCAAGCAUCUCAUACCAAUUACUUACUGAUGAGAGGCUACUAUGCCCCUGGAAUCGUCAGUAUGCGCAAUCUCAGUCCCAGUGACAAUAUCGUGGUCAAUUCCUGCCAGGUGAAGGUUAAGCUGCGGUGUACACCAGUUCCAGGAAGACUCAGCUCUCCAGUUUCUUCUGUGCUUGAUAACACAGCUGUGGGAGUCUCCUGCCUUCCUGAAACUUUUACUAGGCUGAUAAAAGUCCAAGAAGAAAAGUAUGAUGUUGAUGAGUUUCUUCGUGAGUGUACAGAAUGCUAUGGCUAUAAUCCCAGGGACACAGCUGCUGUUCUGGAGAUCCGUAAUGCAAUAGAAGCCACUUCCCACUUUGGGAUUUGCAAAGCUGACCUGGGCAAACGCUUCUGCAGCUAUGAGGAGGUGGAACCUGCUCGCACCAGGAACUUGCAGCACUACAUUCAGGACCUCAUUGAAAUGCAGCAGGUUUUAGAAGUAGGAGGCUAUACUGUACGACUGGUUGCAAUUAUAUUUGCCAAGCCAUGGCUAUUACAUUCAGUAUGUCUGAUGAAUAAACCAGAUGAUUCUGGUCAGCAAGGUGCAGACACCACUCUCUCAGAUGUACAACAGGAUUGCCUGCUGUCAGGACCAAAGAAGGGAGAGGAAUGUUCACAAGAGGAGGAACAGCUGGAAACAGACUCAAAAAAUCUCUGUGAUGAAGAACCCCCAAGAAAGAGAUGCAAGACUGAAAAUUAUGUCCUUCAAGACGGUAACCAACUCUGCCAGGAUUCACAGAGUGGUUUGAAAAGUGCAAGUGCAAGUAACUUUGAUGCAGAUGUUACUGAUCCUAUUACCACGAAGAACCCUUUGAUCAUGGAUGGAGAAUCAGGCUCCCUGGUGGGACAAUCAGAACAUACAGCUGAACACCCAUUGUGUACUCCAGACACUGUGAAUGUGGAUGCAUACAAGGGUCAAGAUAAACCUUGUUCUGAGGACAAAGAGCUGGAAGUAGAAAAUGAUGAUUUCAGCACUGACCACAACAAGCUUACCCCUAGCCUUGAGCACUCAGCCAAAGAGCAGUGUGAUGAUGUUUCCCACUUACAGGAGAACCCAGAGGUCUUAAAAGACAGUUCUAUGACAGAUUUAUCCCAGGCAGCUAAGGACAGGGCCUGUGAGAAUGUCUGCUUCAUUGGGAGACCAUGGAGGAUUGUGGAUGGGAAUCUAAAUAAACCUGUAUGUAAGGGAAUGAUGGAAGCUGUGCUCUAUCACAUCAUGACAAAACCAGGCAUAACAGAAGACCUGCUGCUGCAGCAUUAUAUGGGGGUACUGCAGCCUGUUGCCGUCUCGGAGAUACUGCAGGGUCUUGAAGCUCUUGGUUGCAUCAGACGAUUCCACAUGAAAAAGCCAUCCCUGGUGUCUCUCUUCUCUAAGCCAGUUAUGGAAGAACAAAUAAACAAUCCCAAACUGAGUGAAACCCCAACCACAUACUUUGAGCCUACCAUAGACUGUACUCUCAGGCUGGGAAGAGUGUUCCCCUAUGAAGUUAACUGGAAUAAAUGGGUGCAGAUUAUCCAUGUAUAAUAGAUAAAAGAUAGUAAAAUGUACAAAAGUUCUAAACUUGAGUUGUGUUAAACUGGUUUAGCCCUUAGGAACAAGUGUUAAUGCAGAUUAAACACUAUAUAAUUUGUGCUCCAUCAUGUUUUGUUUUAAGAAAGCAGGUGGUUUUUUUUUAAUUCUUUUUACUUUUGAAUACAUUUAAGCUGAGAAUAAAUCUUAAUGUUAAGAUGAAGGUAAUACUU